AUGGCACAAUCAGCUUCUUUCGACGUCAUCGGGACAUGUUUCGAUUUCAACGUUCCUAUCGAAGCCAUCCACACACGCCUUGGCCCCAAACUUUCCACCGCAAACACUGAUCCAAAGACAUUAUUCUUCAGCUGGUUCUACGCCGCUCAACGCGACUUCACAUAUGUGUCCCUCGCAGGCGCUUACAAACCCAUCGCCGAAAUUCUAAGAUUGACGUUCAAGCGUGCAUGCCGUAUUGUGGACCUGCCUGCCGAUGCAGUAAGCGAUGAGGAUGUUGCUGCGAUCAUGAAGGCAUUCAAGGCUAUGACCCCACGUGAGGGUUUGAAGGAGUGUUUUGAUGGGUUGAGGGAAGUAGGCUGGGAUGUUUAUGGCGUUACGAAUGGAGGCCUCGAGACGAGUUUGGCGUACUAUCAUAACGCUGGUAUCGACCUUGAUGAGAAGCAUCUCCUGUCGUGUGAUUAUUUGCAGAUUGCGAAGCCGGAUGUUAAGGUUUAUGAGAAUGCGCAAAAUCAUCUUUCGAAACAAGGUCUGGGCACCAAAGAUGAUGGGAGGAGGUGGUUUGUUGCUGCGCAUGCAUGGGAUUUGAUCUCUGCGAGGAAGGCAGGUUUUAAGACAGCGUAUCUGGACUUUGAGGAACAUGACCCGGUGACUGAGGUUUUUGGGGAGUUUGACUUGUAUGCGGACAGUAUGGAGGAUCUUUUGGGGAAAUUGAAACAAGUCAGUUAG